AUGUUGCUCCCUUCCACGAGAGGAAAUCUUCAACACGUCACAGAUUUCCUCACCGAAGCCAAACUAACUUCGUCCAUGGAUCACCCGCGUAUCGUCACUUUUGUCGGUCUCAUGGACGGAGGAGACUUACAGUCUUUAUUGAACAAGUACGAGGCCACUAAACACCCAGUCGGAGUCGAUCGCGAGAAGGCGACUAUAGCGCUUCAUGUGUGUCAUGCUCUCACUUACCUCCACUCGCUUAUGCAUCCAGGCAUCCAUCGAGAUCUCAAGUCCCGCAAUAUCCUGUUAAACCAGUCAAGAGAAGCCAAGUUGACGGAUUUCUGCAUCUCGAAUGAGCGUAUCGAUCGAACGAUGACAGCUGGUGUGGGGACGUCGCUCUGGAUGGCGCCGGAGGUGAUGCUGGGCGAGAAAUACGACGUCAAAGCUGACGUUUUCUCUUUCGGUGUGGUGCUGUCAGAGCUGGAUGUGCACACGUUGCCUUAUGCACAGACCAAGCAGCGGAGCGAGUCCUCCCGCGUUGGCAGAGUUGGGGUAUGCUUGUGUUGCAGUGGACCCUGCCGAUCGACCCACUGCAGCCGAAACGCUUUACAGAAUUUAGGUUAG